GCCGAGUGAAACGGCGCAUAAAUUAUCGGCGGUCACGUGACAUGCCAUCGCUAUGAAUAGAUGUGUAUUGGGUUUUAAUACAGUACGGAAAAUCGCUUAAUUGGACAGCUUAAACACACUGACCAGUGAAAACAAAGUUAGGAAGAUGACGGAAUCUUGUCCAAAGAAGACAAAUAUCGCCGAGAUCUCGCCUCAUCUGAUAUGUGCUUUGUGUGGGGGGUACCUGAUAGAUGCCACAACAAUAGUCGAAUGUUUACAUUCAUUUUGUAAGACAUGCAUCGUGCGAUAUUUGGAGUCGAGUAAAUAUUGCCCGAUAUGUGAAGUCCUCGUGCACAAAACCAGGCCACUUCAAAAUAUAAGAUUGGACCACACUCUUCAAGACAUUGUAUACAAGCUUGUCCCCGGACUUUUUCAAAGUGAGAUGAAACGCCGGCGCGAGUUCUACAAGGAUCACCAGACAGUCAGAAGUGCCAAGGUGCGACAAGAACAACAACGUCACAGAGUUAUAUACUCAGCAGACGAACAGUUCAGUAUUGCCUUGGAAUUCUGUCCCGAUGGAAGGAUCCGACGACCGUCGGGAAGAAGAUCUCGGAGGACAAGUAAACAGGAGAUACCUGAACGAAGAUACUUGCUCUGUCCGGCAGGGACCACGGUGGCUCUCCUUAAGAAAUUCAUGAAACUCAAAUUUGCACUUCCACCCAAAUUCAAGGUGGAUAUUUUCCAUGGCAACGGACCUUUACGAGACCACUACUCGAUGAUGGAUGUUGCAUAUAUCUACUCGUGGAAACGCGAAGGAGUAUUACAGCUGUAUUAUUCCGUGUAUAAAGUCCCAGAUCCAGUUCCAGAAAUCAGAAUCACAGAGGUCAAGGACGAAAAGUGUUUUGAUAAUGCAGACGAAACUGGACAGAAAGCAGACGAUACACGCCCCUCCAUUUUAUUUAAUAAAGCGACAUUACUAGGAAACCAUAGUGUAGAUAGAAACAUACCACAUGAUCUUUCACCUUUAGAACUCAUAGCAACUGUUGCUAACGACAUUUGUAUCCAAGAAGGGCGUGGUCUAAAACGUAAACCGGAAGAUGCUCAGUUGUACGAGAACGAUGAGGAUGCUAGUUCGACAGAAACGCGUCAGCUACAGAAAUCCAUAGAACAUGCGAUUGAUUUAUGUUCAAAUAGCAAUCAAGGAAGUCCGGCGCGUUCCUCUUCAAUAAAUACAACUGUUUCCACAACAAGCGUCCAAGAUACACGGACUGGUAACCAAGCAACCGUUUCGGAAGUGAAUUCUGUGAGUGUUGCAAACGGUAAUGGUGAUUCUGUAACAAUUGUUGGGAGUGAAAAUUCCAUUAGAAAGAGUAGUAUUACACAGAAAAGCAAUGAGAAAAACAUUAUUGCCAAAGAAAAACCUAAAAAAAUGGACACAGCAUCUCAGUGUGACCCUCGACCUAAAAAGCAUAAAGGUGAGGGUCAUUUGCAUAAUAAAUCUAAAAAUAGUAAUAAGACACAGUCUUCUAAUAAAGACGGAAAAGCUGUUAGCAGUAUUAGUAACACAGAAAAGAAACCAAAUGUUAAGAGUGAAACGAAAAGUAAUGAAAAGUCAGUUCCAUUGAAAACGAAUGGUGUAAAUAUAGUUGAACAAAAUGGUGCAGCUUUAAAAAGCAGUGACACACACGUAGGAGGUAAAGUAAGUGACACUCAAAAAGCUGAAGAGACCAAGAGAGAGACUGUAAAAGAACAAAAGCCUGGACCAAAAGUAAUAAACACUCUAAACAAAGAAACAAACAGUCAGACAAAAAAUGAAAAUGAUGUUCCUAAGUCUUUAGCGCCCACAUUAAGUUCAGCAUCGGAAGUUACUCCGAGUAACACAUCUGCACCAAACAGAACUUCGAGCACAGUGACCAAACCUUCAAGCGCCCCUUCAGAUGUUAAAACUUCAAACACGCCUCCUAAGACUUCAAGUGUUCCCUUUCCAAAUAAAAUGUCAAAUUCUCCUAAUAAACAACCUAGUACAUCAGUUACAGCUAAAACUCCUUCUAAAUUAACAAAUGCUCAAACUUCUAGCAAGGUUCCUGCCUCUGUGCUCAAAUCAGCUCCCACCCCAACCAAAGUCACAGAAUCAGUAAAGCCAGUGACACAAAUAAAUGGUCACUCGAGUCCAGCGGAAAUCGCUAAACAACAAAAUAAAGUAUCAAAUGUGGUCAAGGUAAAUCAGAACGAGAAGAAAGACUAAACUGAUGUAGCUAAUGAGUGGACUUCAGAAUACUUGGUGCAAAACUGGGUUGGUUGUUAAAGCUUGUGGGUUAAACUAUGACAUUCGGGUGUUAAGAUUGUAAUGUUUCUGUUGGUUUAGACAGUCGGCGUACUUGAAUGUUCUAGUGAAAGAAAAGUUGAUAGCUGCAAACUAUCUCUAAAUAGGUUGCAUGAUAAAGUUCCAUAGUUCUUUGAAUUUUAUGUUUAAAACAGAUCAAGCAACUGUCCAAUUAAAAAUAUGCAUAAUUGCCUAAACAUUCGAGAAUACAAGUUACUGAAAAUAUGAGCUAACAAAGGAUUUAUGUAUUUUAUGUGCAUUACAAAAAAGUAACAAAAGCCAUUGCGGACCUUUAAUAAAAAAUGCAUUGAUUUAGCUGCAGCAUACAUGUAUACGUGCAAUGCAAUUUACAUGUAUCUUCAUUUUGUUGUUGACAAGUUUAGUUACAAAUUUAUUUUAACAAUACGUUUUAUUGUUGACAAGUUUAGUAACACUUUUAUUUGCUCACCUGAACCAAGAGUUCAGGGUGAGCUUUUAGUGUAGGUGGAUGAUUCCCGCGUCCGUCGUUCGUUGUCCGUCGUCAACAAUUUUACUUAAACAUUUUCUCUGAAACUACUUGUCAGAAUCACACCAAAGUUGGUUUGUAGAAUCUUUUAGUGGCCACU